AUGUCAUCUAACCGAUCAUUCAAAAACCAACAUGAAGAGGCCUACACCUCCUUGACGAAAGGCCUGAAGGAGCUGGACCUACAGGGACCCUAUGUUCCCAGUGACCUGGUGCUGAUUGGAGACCAUGCCUUUCCUUUAGCAAUGAACAGCCGAGGUCAGGUCCUGAUGGCUGCCUCUCUGUACGGCAGUGGAAGGAUUGUGGUCCUGGGUCAUGAGGGCUACUUGACAGCCUUUCCUGCUCUGGUAGAAAAUGCUGUGACCUGGUUGAGAGGUGAUGGAUCUGAUAACCUCUCAGUAGGGGUGCACAGAAAUGUCAGUGCAGUUACUGAUAGCCUCCAAAAAUCCAGCUUCCAAGUAGAAGUUGUGGGAGCUUUCAGUGACAAACUGGGAGUUGGUGUUUAUGUGACCGAUGCCUACAGCGUGGGCUCAGACCCAACAGAGCUGGUGGCGUUUCUGAAAGCUGGAGGAGGGGUGCUGAUAGCUGGGCAGGCGUGGGGCUGGGCUGCAGAUCACCCCAAAGAGAACACACUGCAUCAGUUUGAUGGGAAUAAAGUGUCGGGAGUGGCAGGAAUCUACUUCACUGAGCGUUAUGGUGAAGUGGAGAACCUGCCUGUCUGCCCUCAGAUCCCGUCCUCCUGGAUGUCGUUAGCGACAGGAAAGGACUUCAAGGAUGACUUGGAGUUAUUACUCAAGGGGGUUUCAGAGUUCAACCUCCCGUCUGAUUCUGUAUUUUCUGAGCUUCUAGUCCACGGACCACUAGCCUUUCCCAUCGGCACUACAGAAGAUGGACGUCCAUUCCUGGCAGGAGCCUACUAUGGGCGAGGACGGGUCAUUGUGGUUACACAUGAAAGAUGUCUAGCAGUGGAGAGCAUGGCUCCAUUUUGGAGAAAUGCCAUUCACUGGUUGGAUGAAGGGCGCAGAGGGGUUGUUGGUGUCAUGGUGAAUCCUGCACUCAAAGUUCUGAGUGAGUCUGGGCUGAAGUGUGAGAAGACAAACUUCAGGAAAGACCUCAGCGUGUUUGUGUGUAAAGCGUAUAUCACUGAGCAUUUGGAGGAAAUCCAAAACUUUGUGGCAGAGGGAGGAGGCCUGCUGAUUGGAGGACAUGCCUGGCACUGGGCGCAGACACAUGCUGGGCAAAAUGUACUAACAGAUUUCUCAGUGAACAAAAUCCUGAACCAAAUGGGAUUGAGCCUUUUGGGAGCAACAAUCAGUGCAGGAACAUACAAAGCCUUUGUACCCAGCUGGCCGAUUAAAGAUACUUACCACUUCCGCCACCUUCUACACCGCUUCGUUGCCCAUGUGACUACAGGUGAAGAACUUAGCGAGCAUGAGGAGGGAUGUCUUAAAAAGCUGGGCAGUGACUGCGAUUAUUACUUACACACAAAGGCACAUGGCUCCUUCUAUUACUCUCAAGUGUUGGCUGCACUCACUGACAUGUUAAAGAGGUCAGGCCUGCCACAGGUGAGUAACAGCUACCCUGUAAAGACACCAAAAGACAAACUACUCCUCAGUGUGGGAUCACCUGUAUACAAGUUUUGCCUAAAUCCUGAGGCCCUCCUGCCCUACCUCAUCAAGGAUAAUCCACUGAUGCCAGACCUCCAUAACCACAGGCUCAAGAUCGAUGUUAACACAGCAGAUGGGAAAGAGUGGAUCAGCACUGGUCUCUACCUCUCUCCUGGUAUGAGUACCUACAUGGUCAUGCCAGCUGAGACUGUCAACAAGCACUGGAAGAUUCAGAUAGGCUGUCAAACUGAUGACCUACAUAGAAAGGAUGAGCUGAAGAGACCACCACGUGUUUGUGAGCGAUUUCCUGUCACUUCAGAGAUGAUGCAUGUCUCCAAUCUGUGGGGCGGACUUAUUUACCUGGUGGCCCCACCCAACACACAAGUGAAAGGGUUGGAGAUCACAGUGCAGAAAGCUGUAACUGCUCCAUAUUACAAGUCUGGUGUAACAACUGCAGCUGAGUGGUCAUUGCUGCGCACAGCUCCUGGGCCCUGGGCAGAGUUGGAGUUUGAAAACAUCGUCCUCACCGUACCAUCAGAUGCUGUUCGGCGUAUGGAGCGCCCCGACAAGGUGGCCGCUCUCUGGGAUGAAAUCAUGAGGGCCAUUGCAGAUCUAGCUGCCAAAUCACACAAAUUUCCCCGCAAAGAGCGCUUUGUGACAGAUGUGCAGAUUUCUGCUGGCUGGAUGCAUUCAGGUUAUCCUAUCAUGGCACACCAUGCUUCAGCUGCUGAAGUCGUUGGUGUUAAAAAAGGUGAACAACUGUGGGGUCCCAUCCAUGAACUGGGACACAACCAACAGAGAAGCUGCUGGGAGUUCCGACCACACACCACGGACUCUACAUGCAACCUGUGGUCAGUGUAUGUGAAUGAAGAGGUGCUGGGUCUCAACAGAGCACAGGCCCAUGGUGAUUUGACUUUAGCAAAGCGAAAGAGUCGAGUAGAGGAGUACAUCAAGGGAGGCAAGAAACUCAGUGAAUGGAAGGUAUGGGUUGCCCUGGAAACAUAUCUGCAGCUCCAGGAAAAGUUUGGCUGGGAUGCCUUCAAGAAGGUGUUUGCUGCAUACCACCACAUGAGCAACUUUCCCGAUGACAAUGACUCAAAGAUGAACCUGUAUGCUGAGACUUUCUCCCAGACUGUGGGGAUGAACCUGACCGGCUUCUUCAAGGCCUGGGGCUGGCCCAUCGAAACAGCCACUGAGGAAAAAUUGUCCAAGCUGCCUCCCUGGAAUGAUCACCCCAUGACCCAGUACAAAUGA